UUCAAUCGACUCAUUAAUUCUUUUCACACAAGUGAAUGUGCCCUACAUCUGUCUCGGAUUUUGAUCGUCCGUUUUGCAGAAUUUCAGUGGUCGUUUGCGUAUGAAUAUUAUUCUAAAUAAAUCAGAAACUGAUUUAAGAAGACUUAAGAUGGGUGAAGAACCAGGAAAGCUAUUCAUAGGUGCUGUUAACAGCCAGGUCACUAAAGAGGAAUUCCAGUGUUUCUUUGAGAAGUUUGGUGAAGUGUCGGACAUUGUGUUGAUGGAGGACUCAAUUACAAAGAAGAACAGGGGCUUUGGUUUCGUCACCUUUGCAGACCCAGCUGUUGCCACAAAAAUUAUGCAGACAGGACCUCAUUUAUUGAAUGGAAGAGAGAUUGACCCCAAACCAAGUGUUCAAAGAGGACAGCUUCCUCCGAGCAAACCGAUGCCACACAAGAGCCUGGACAAGAAAGUGUUUGUCGGAGGAAUCGCUCAAGGAACAUCCGAGGAGGGACUCAGGAAUUUCUUCAACAGCCAAAACUUACCGGUUCAAGAUAUUGUGCUUAUGCAUGACAGCCAAACCUUGAAGAGUAGAGGUUUUGGAUUUGUGACGUUCGCCGAUGACAACACCGUGGACAGAGUCUGCCGGACACGAUUUUUCAACAUUGAUAACAAAACGGUGGAGUGCAAGAAGGCUGAGCCAAGAGGCAGGAAUGAGAUGGGAGGCCCAGGAGGAGGUGGCCCUGGGGGUCCAGGAGGGCCAGGGGGUAACUUCAACCCAAUGCAUAGGGGUGGACAAGGAGGCGGCCCCAAUAAUGGUGGAUUCAACCAGGGCUGGAAUCCUAAUCCUAACCAGGGCUUUGGGAAUAAUCAGUACAACCAAGGAGGUGGCAACUUUGGACAGCAAGGAGGGUGGGGAGGUCCUCCUCAACAAGGACAGAUGGGAGGUAACUAUGGUCAGCAACAGCAGCAGGGUUAUGGUCCGAGGGGCGGACAAAUGCCCAAUCAAGGCUUCAGGAACCAGUACAAUAAUGGUAAUCAAGGAGGCUAUAACCAACAACAACAACCACCACCACCACAACAACAACAACAAGCAGGUUAUAACGGUGGUUAUGGUCAACCUCAACAACAACAACAACAACAGCAACCACCACAACAACAACAACAACCUCAGCAACAGCAACAAGGCAAUUAUGGCGUUCCACAGACCUAUGGUAACUAUGGUAACUAUCAGCAGCCGCAGCAGCAACAGCAAGCUCAACCCCAACAGCAACCUGACCAGUAUAAUCAACAAACCCCUCAACAACCGACCAACCAGGGAUAUAACGCUGGAAACUUCAAUCAACCGGCACAACCAAACAACUUCCCACAAAAUGGUAACAUGGGGAACUACCCACAGGAAGCAUCAGGCUACGGACCUCAACGAGUCAAUUACAGCGCCCCAACCCAAGGGAACUUCACUCAACCACAAGCUGGAGGAUACGGCACUGACCCUAGUAUGAAUUACGGCAGUCAAGCAACAGCAGCAGCACCACAACAACAACAACAACAACAACAACAUCCGCCACCACAACAACAACAACCACCGCAGCAGAACUAUGGACAACCAGCACAAGGAGACCAUUCACAGGAGAUGUAUGGUGGGACACCUCAGGCUGCUGGUAACUUUGCUGCACGUGGUGGAAACAACGCUGCCGUUCCAUUCCAUCCAUACAGGAGAUAAAUUCCCAUCAUUGUCUCAUGUUGGCUACAAAAUGUAGAAACAAACCAAGUGGAAUAAUUAUCUGUUCUUCUUAUUUACAGGAACUAGAUUCUUAACGUGUGUUAUCUUUCAAAACCAGACUCAGAUUCUACAAAUAUUUACCUCAAGAGAUUUUUUUUUUUUUAACUGAUGGGAAGUUUUAAAGAAAUGUGGUCUGCUGUGUAAUCAUACACAAGUAUUUGUUUGAAUUUCAUUAAAACAACUUUCACAGCUGAGCUGACAUCAUUUAUGAAAUUUAAGUAAAAAAUUUAAAAAGUUACUUUGUCAGUAUGUCAGGAAAACACAUUUUUCAUUUUGAACAUCUGGAUGACACUCGCAUGAUAUUUUGAAAAGAUUUUGCCAACUUGAAAUAUUUCCUGUAGAAAAAGUGUUAAAUGAACUCACUAUUAAUUUGGCUUCAUUAUUUUGUUUAUAAAGUUUGUUUUAGUCAUUGUAAAGACCGGCCACUAACGUCUUUUUAGUUUUUAUUUUAUUUUAAUUUGGGGCAUCAUAAUCACCAUGUCCACUUUGUAAAUAGAAUGAGCAUGUAUUUGUAGUUUUGUAUGACUGUAUGUUAAACAAAUACUUUUAGCCCUUUGGAAAGAUCCUGCUAGAGUCCAAAUAUGAGGCUAUUAAAAACUUGAGCACAAAAGUCACUUACCGUAACCUGAUGAUUUUUAAUUCAGUCGGAAGUUUUUACACUUAAAGAUAAGACGACAAUCUAAGCUUAAAACGGCCACUUCAUACUUGCACUAUUUCUCAAAGAACAAUAAUAUUGAAUCAGUAUAAAUGUCAAACAAUUUGUCAACAUUUAGAGUUUUAAUAUGAUUUUGUUUUAUCAAACAUGGACUGAAAACUAUCCUUCCAUGAUGCUUAAAGGAACAAUUUAUAACCAGUAUCUAGCAAGAUUGUAAGGGAUGAUGGACUUGUCAACUUGCAAAGCGAGGAUUGAUUUCAAAUGGCCUCUUAUGGAAUGGACUGUCUUAUUAAUCAAGACGUUUUCAAGAAUUCAAGUACGAUUCAGACAUCGAUAAACAACUGGGAGACUGAACCAUACAAGAGCCAUGAUAUUAACAACUAUACACAAGAGGCUGAAAGGGAAAUUAUUUGGUCUCGUCAAUAUUGUGAUAUGAAUUUUUAUGUUUUUGUGUAAAACAAGCCGCAAAACAUUACUACAUGAUGACGAAGGAACUUGAUGUAAUUUCAUGUAAAGUCUUUUUAUACCGUUUCCGUCGAAACUUUCCCCUUUGUUUUAACUUGUAAGGAUAUUUUUUAUAAACGGGUAAACUAUGAAGAUUUCUGUCCAUUCUUCAUGUAGGAAAACCGAGGUGGAACAACCCUGCUGCAGAUCAAAUAAAAUAAAUUGUUAAACUGUA